AUGACCGUCACCAACCAUGAGGUCGUCACCGCCUACCGACAUCUCUACCAGCACCUCCUAAGAGCAGUCCGCUACGCCAAACCAGCGCGUUUCGUCUGUCGAGACAAGAUCCGAGAUGCCUUCCGCAAACCUUCAUCACAUGGCUAUGAUCCUGAGCGGAUAGCAAACACACUACAUUUCCUGGAGUGCGCAUCGAAAACCACCGGAUUGGAGCACAAGAUCCUCAAGAACUUUGUGUUCGUGACCUGGGAGAGGAGGAGACUGGGGACGAGGGUGGUACGCAAUUCUGACCGCGAGUUGCGACGCCGAGCGUAUGCUCAGUACGACGAGACGCUGGAGAAGUUCAAUGAGUCGAUGGGCUUGUGCAUCAAGUGA